CAGACUACCAAAGCCUACCUCGUCAUUGUCUCUCACUCUGAACAAAACCAGCCAGGGCCUCUUCCCCCCAUGUGGAUUGGACCUGGCUGAAGAGAGAGCAGAGAGGGGCAGCGCCUGGCUGGAUGUAAGACGAUGACGACUGAAGAGGAGACUACUUCCUGUGAUGUCAUCAUGACAGCUGUCAAAGAAGACUCACAUGAGAGGAUCAUGUCCAGACAAGACCAAGAGGAAAAACUCACUAUUACAGACUGGUAUAGUAUGUGUGUGACUCUCCAGCAGCAGGAGCUGAGGCUGUCUGAGGGCUCUUGCAGGCCUCCAGGCCAAGCCCAGUCCUUCCUGGCCCAGCAGAGGCAGUCCACCCAGGCCAGGAGCAGGAGAGGCAUGGGGCUCUCUCCCAAGCUACAGCCCAGAUAGGAGGGAGAGAUGGAGGGAGAGGUCCCUCUGUUGGGGAUGGUGGGAUUGACACUGGAUGGACAAGGAACGUUGGAAGAGGAUGUUGAUGGGAUUUUUGUGGCUGUUUAAAAAAAUAUUGGACGUUAAAAAAACUAUUUUAUGUAACAUUGGCGCCACCUGCUGGUCAAAUGGUAUUGGUGUUCGUUUUUUGUCCAUCUCAGUUUGAAUCUAAAAGUUUUAAAGGAAUAGAUAGGACAGUAAAGGAACAUCACUAUUACAAUGUGUUGCCAAUGGAUUUUCAACAAAUAUCAACAUGACUUACAGUAUAGCGCUCAUUUUCUCCAGAUUUUAUUUGACUGUAUUGUCUCACAUAUCUGCUGUCAUCCCAAGCUAUUGUGUCUCAUAGCAACAGAAAUGGAACUAUGGCAAGAAAGAUUUGUCUUUUCUUUUUAUUUACCUCAUUAUAAUUCAUUAUAAUUCAUAACAACGUAACAAGGUGAAAAAUCAUUCAUCUAAAGUAAAUGUACAGUGUAAGAUUGGUGAACACAGUGAAAGCUGCAGCUCAACCUUGCAG